GCUGAGAAUAUAUAACUAAAUACAAAAUAAAAUCUUAUUUUGUUGUCUUUUUAAGAAGCACGAGAUCUCUGGUCUGUUAAACACUCCGUUUUUUCCAUUUCCAGAUCCGAUCUCACAUUGGCACCGACACCAAGGCUUUUACUGAAAAAUUUUCAAUCUUGAAAUCAAGAUUUCUCUUUCCCUUUUUGCCUUUUCCAAACUCCUGGCAUAUAACCAUUCUCGGAAUUCCCACUCUAAAAGGAAGGCUGGCUUUCUAGUUUCUUUGGGAUCAUUUGGCUUCCAGGUUUGUUGAAGGAAGUUCAUCAUGUUCAGGCUUUCACCUCGGAGGAACCAAAGAUCUAAAGGUUUCAAGGUAAAGCAUGCUCUACAAAUAUGUCUUCUGCUUGGUGUUUGUAUCUGGCUGCUUUACCAAGUUAGGCACUCUAAUGAGAAGAAAGCGGCAUACGAGAAAUCAGGGAAUGAAGUCGUAAAGUUGGGGAGAAAGGACCUUCCUCAGGCAGAGGAGACAACUAUUAGGGAUGCAAGGCACAAGGAGGAAGAAGAGGAAGUAGAGAACAAGCCUGAGGAUACUGAAAAUGUGGGAAGAGAGAACGGGGAUGAUGAUGCAAUGCAUGAGCAUGAUAAUGACAAACCUGAAGAGGAAACAGAGCACAGAGAAGUUGCAAUAGAUGGAGAGAAGGAAAAUGAAGAAAGAAGGAACAAUGAUAGUGAAGAGAAGGAGACUGAAGAGACUAAAGAGAAGGAAGGUGAGGAGAAGGGGAGUAAAGAGAAGGAGAUAGAAGAGGGCAAAGAAAAAAAAAAUGAAGAGAGUAAAGAGGAAAGUGAAAACAAAGAGAGUAAAGAGGACAGUGAAAACAAAGAGAGUGAAGUCAGCACAGAGGACAGUGAAAAUAAGGUAAAUGAGGAGACACAAGAAGUCAAUAAUCAAGAGAAAGAAAACACUGGGGACAGUCAAGAAAAGGAAAAUAAACAGAUUGGGGAAGAAAGUAACGAAAUGGAAAGCAGAGAGAAAGAGUCAGAAAAGAGUGAGAAUUCAGGUACUUUAGAUGACCAGGUUCAUGAUGGAAUUGACACAAAUAAUGCAGUAGCAAGAGAGGAACAUUACAAGGGGGAUGAUGCUUCCAGCGAAGUAGUCCAUGAUAUCCAACAUGUAGCUGUUGAGAAGGAGACAAGUAGUUCAGAAAAUUCCAAUGAGUCAGAGCAGUUGGUAAGCAAAGAUAAAAAUGAAUUUGACCAGGAGAACAAAACAAACAGCACUGAAGCAUCCAAUGUCCAUCUUGAUGAGGGAAAUGUGCAAGAAAAUGAAACAACUGAAAACAAUCAAGAGAGUGGUAAUGAGAGCAAUCAGGCUCAGUCAAAGGAAGAUUCCGGUCCUGAUUCCCUGACAGCCACAGAGCACCAGAAUGAGACAGAUACAACACCCAAUACAACUCAGAAUGUAGAUCAUAUGGCUCAACAAUCUGAGAAAUCUAACUUAGGUGGCACUGGUGAGCAAUCAGAUUCAAAUGCAACUCCAAGUUCAACUGAGAAUGGUGAUGGAGCUAAUGGAGGUUCUACAAGCUCUACCAGUAGCUCCGAAUCUGUUGAGUCAAACAGACAGACUGAGAACUCCAACACAUGGACAGGAUCUGACAGUAAAACUGCACCUUCAGUUACAAGCCAAAAUGAUAACUCAGUUCAGAGCAAAGAAUCCAACAAUAAUUCUGGAGGAGAGUGGACACAGGAAAAUGGUCUGUCAUUAAAAACAAAUGACAAUUCCAAUACUGGCCAGAACAAAGGUGGUUAUUCUUCUGAUUCAUCAAUUCCUAAAGAGAGUGAAACAUCCUCAAACACAAAUGAAAAUGCUGGUGCAGGUCUGAAUGAAAAUGAUAGUGGCGAUACCAGCAAUGAUGCAAAUGCAAAUGGGAAGGACAGCAGCGCUGACAGUCAGAGCAACACCAAUGACAAUUCCAAUGCAAAUGAAGAUGUUGCUCAAAAGGACAACAACAAUUCAAAUGUAAAUGAAAAUACUGCUCAGAGCAACACCAGCAACAAUGAAAAUGCUGAUCAGAAUGUGAACAAUGUCGCUGAGAGGAAUGCCAACAAUGAAAAUGCAGGUCAGAGUGAGAACAAUGCUGCUCAGAGCAAUACCAACAACGAAAAUGCAGGUCAGAAUGAGAACAAUGCUGCUCAGAGAAACAAUGAAAAUGCACGUCAGAAUGAGAACAAUGAUGCUGUUCAGAGCAACACCAACAACAAUGAAAACACAAAUUACAAUGAGAACAAUGCUGCCCAGACCUACAAUAAUGAAAAUUCAGGGCAGAAUGAGAACAAUGCUUCUCAGAGCUACAGCGACAACAAUGGAAAUCCAGGUGAGAAUGAGAACAGUAAUGCUCUACAGAGCUACACCGACAUCAACAAAAAUGCUAAUGACGAUGUAAAUUCGGACCAAAAGGAAUCAGUCGGUUCUUCAAAUUCAACAGAUGCAUCAUCAAAUACAGAUGGAAGCACUGAUGCAAGCCAGAAUAAUUCCAAUGUUUCUUCUGAUUCUUCAACUUCUCAAGAAGUGAAAGAAGCUCAAACAGAUUUGGGAACUUUGCCAGAUAGAAGAGCUGAGGCGAAUAACGGCGAGAAUGCAGCUGCAGAGUGAAAUUCCUGAUGGUUUGUUGUUCACUACAUGACCUACUACUGUCAUUAAAUUUUUGUUUUUCUUCUUCCUGAGAUGAUCAGGCGUUUGUAUGUUCCUGGUUACAUGGCUUUGUUGUCAAAUAAGUGCUGAAAAUAUUAUUUUGUACUUGUAGAUUUCCACGUAUAAUGAUUGAUGUUCCAAGUUUUCAUAA